AUGGAGAUGAUUGAAAUAAAUGAAUUACCUGUAUUAGAAGGAGGAGAGGAUAGAAGAAUAUGGACACACACAAUUUCAGGGGAAUUCACUGUAGCAUCUGCUGUGGAAACAAUAAGGGAAAAUUUUCCAAAAAUGAAGUGGACUUCUCAGGUAUGGCAUCCAACUAUUCAUCCUAAUAUCUCAAGUAACAUAUGGAAACUAGUUAGGGGAAUAUGGGCCACAGAUGAAAACCUUAAGAAAAGAAAAUUUCAAUUGGCUUCAAGAUGUUGUUUCUGCAAAAAAGAAGAAGAGAAUAAACAACACUUACUAUGGUUUUGUAACUACAAUGAAAUCAUUUGGAAAUGGGUAGGUAAUAUUUUUAAUUUCAUUAAUCCUAAAUCAUUUGAGGAGAUUCUGAAAAUGGCAAAGAAUAAGAGCCCUGCCAUUAAAGAAGUUUGGAGAACUGCAGCUUUCAUUACGAUGAGAGAGUUAUGGUUUACAAGAACUAAAAUGUUAUAUAAGGAAGAGGGUUUCUCCCUAGAGAAAAUUAAGAAGAAGAUUUUAAAUUUCACAAUGGAGUUUGAAGUGAGAAUGAAAGAACCAAUGUGGAACUGCUCUUAUGAUUUACAAGUUUUGAAAGCUCUGGGACUAAAAUGCAGAAAAGUAAAAGGUACUAGAGUCAAAGAAUUUUCUUUCAACCCCCCUCAAAAAAAGAUUCUGUUGUGUUGUGAUGGUGCAUCAAAAGGAAAUCCAGGUCUUUCAGGCUAUGGAUUUAUUAGGAGAACAAUCUCAGGAGCAUUCUUGGUUGUUGUUUCAGGUGGUUUGGGUGUUUCAACUAACUAUUAUGCAGAGAUACUAGCAGUUUUGAAUGCAGGAGAAUGGGCAAUAAGAAAAGGCCAUGAAGAGAUUUUAUUCAGAACUGACUCAUUAGCUACAAUCAGUGCAUUUCAGAGCAAGAAAAUUCCAUGGUUUGCUAUAAAAGAUGGGAGAAAAUCUGUGCAAGACUGA